AGCUGAAUUUUCAGUCUUCAGUGUCGCGUGAUCCUGAGCGCUGCAGGCGUGAGGAAGUGAUGUGCGUCUCCUCCUUCAGCGCGACACGCCCAGAUCAGGAAAGCGCCUUUUAACGUCCUGGGAUCGGUUCAGUUAUGUCCUCAUUAAGUGUAAAAUCUGAUAAGGAGAUCAGUCAGCUGCUGGAUGAAUAUGGCAUUAAACAUGGACCCAUAGUAGAAUCCACACGGAAGCUCUAUGAAAAGAAACUGAAUGAAGCCAUGGCCAAAAAAGAUAAGCCUUCCUCUCCUGACAAGACGUACUACCGGGAAGAACAGGAGGAAGUUGAAUACGUGACCUAUCAUCAGCCCCCACAAUUGACCAGACACGAAGGAUUUGGUGAUGUCACAAGGAGGUCGAAGGUCACCGAUGCAGAUUUUGCCGACGACAUACGCAGGUCAAAUCUGACUGAUUACAGAGAUGACGACAAAGGCUAUACCAACGAGCCCGUGAUCAGCCCAGCUCGCUCGUCCUAUCAGAGCUCUUCUCGGCCAGGCCCUUCAGUCUCCACAUCCAUGCAGCGUGGUCCGUCCAGUCCAGAGACCAGCCGAUCCGGAGGGGUGCUGAGCUGGCUUCGUGUUUUGGUGUUUCUUAUCAUUGCUGCGUUUCUUUAUUACGUGUACACAUGUAUGGAGCCUGCAGAGGAGACCCCCUUUAAAAGUGUUAAGUAGAGGAAUGGAGAGGUUUUAAAUAUGUUCAUCAGCCCCAACCUAAACUGAUUCUGUACAAGCACCACCAUAAAUAUAGCCUAAGAGUUUAAGAAAUAAUAUUCUGUAUGAGUACAGAUAGUGAAGUUUAGUACCAGUUGUCAUACAAUCAUGAACUUGUGGAUAAUGCGUAAAGUUUUAUUCAAAUACGUGCAUUUUUUAAGUCUAACAGGUACAGAUGUGGAAAAGAAUAGAAAAGAUAGUUGGGGCAUUUAAGUCUUUAAUGUAAUGUAUGUAAGAUCCUUUUGCUGUGUAUUUAGGGCUUGUGUUCAUGGGACAUUCAGUGGAGCACUGUUUGCUAAACCAUUUCAGUUCGCUCUUAAUAAAUUCCAGGUGCUGUAUUUAAAACUCAAGAGUUAUGACUAAUGACGUACACAAGGGUGUGCUAGUUUGUGAAUAAUAGUUACAGCUAAAGGCCAUUGUUAGGCACAGCGCAACAACCCUUUCAGCCAAGACUAUUCACAAUAUAACAAGCUUUCAUUAACUCACUACUAUUAGUGAAAAUUAUUAAGGAUUAAAUUGUAUAAAAAUGUUUUUUUUUUUUUUUUACAGAUUCAUUCAUUCAUUACUAUCCUGCUGCUUGUCCCUGACAUGUUGACACUACCAAAAUGCCUUUUUGUGUUAUGUAUAUAAAGUAUUGAACUUUCUUUUUGACAACCAAAAACUAUAUGAAUAUCAUGGUUAUUAAAAUUGUACUUUGAUAAUGACAACUAAGUGCAUACAAAGGUUUAUACCAAAGCUUUUCUCAUUUUUUGCUAAUUAAACAAACAUUUUUCAAACACUUCUUGAAUUCCAAAAAUGUUUGCUUAAAAAAAAAUACUUUUUCUU